AUGUGUCUAUUCUUCUACUUCGCGCUUAAUGGCCCGUUAAUCGCCUUCGUAGCGAUGUGUAUUUUCACCCCGUCGCUAUCCAGCGUAUUUGUGGCAGCCACCGACAUUGUUGGACGCAUUGAGCUGCGAUUCGAGAGCAGCAUCUAUCCGCCGGCUCUAGGCAAGUUUUGGCGGACGUUCUCGGGUUCUUUCUUGUACCUCCUCGGGAGGGCUCUACACGGCAUCGAGUUCCACGGGGAAGAAAACUUACCGAAAUCAUCGGGAGCUCUCAUAGUGUACUAUCACUCCCUCAUGCCGCAAGGAAUGUUCUAUAUAAUUGCCAAGCGGUACCUCGAAUCCGGAGAAACCAUUGGCGGGAUCGUCCACCGGGAUCUCAUGACAGUCAUGUCGGGCGUGUGCAAGGCCCCUCUGGCAAGGUCGAAUCGGAUUCGCUGAGGUCGCAAUAGAGAG